AGAGCUACAGCUCCCGCAUUAGGCUCUCGCCAUGGACGCGCCUGGCGCGACAGAGGCAACCGGGACUGUCCGCCAGGACGGUCACCCUCCCGACUCCCACCUUAGCCGAACCACAUCCGAGGACAGGAAACACCGCUCCCAGCCUGCUGAGCUGGACGAGACGGACCACGGCCACAACGACGAAGAAACAGAAAGCGAAACCGAAGCUGGAGAUGAUUACCAUGAGGAAGACGACAAUGACGAUGACGAUGACGACUCGGAUGAAGACGAGGACGAAGAACCACGUCUCAAGUAUGCGUACCUGACCAAGCACCUUGGGGCGGUGUAUCGCAACGGAGAUGCAACAAGCGCCUUCCUAGCUGCUGGAGACAAGAUGGUAAUUGGCUCGCAUAAUGGGAACAUCCAUGUACUGUCGGUACCUCAAUUGCGUUCUCUUCGUGUGUAUCACGCACACUCUGCGAGUAUAACUUCAGUCUCCAUCUCGCCCUACCCUCCUCCUUUACCAAACGUGAAACCCGAGUAUUUUGGCCGAUUCGCAGAUGACCCAGAUCACGCCUCCUCCAAACUAUCCUCCGGCGCCGCUAGCCUGCGUGGCAGGCAAAGAACAAACCAGCCGGCCAUCCCGUCAACGCCAUCCAACUCAAUAUACAUCGCGACAUCCUCUAUCGACGGGAAUGUCUGCGUUGCAUCUUUGCUCGAUUCGAAAGACGUCCUUUUGCGGAACUUCGGGAGACCCGUUCAAGCCGUCGCACUGUCGCCGGAGUACAAGAGUGAUAGGACAUAUCUGUCGGGCGGAAGAGCGGGUGAUCUUAUCCUGACGGUCGGUGGCCGAGUCGGUGUGAGCACAAACUCGACGACUAUGGGCGGCGCUGCUGCCGCCGCCUCGAGCUGGCUUGGAUCGAUAGGCCUCGGGGCCAACACUGGGAAGGACACCGUGUUGCACGGAGGCGAAGGUGCCAUCAGCACGAUCAAGUGGUCCUUGUCGGGUAAAUAUGUUGUGUGGGUCAACGAGGAGGGCAUCAAGAUCAUGCGAUCAAACCUGCACCUCGAUUCGUCUGACGCGGAGUUCGCUUGGAAGCGCAUCAGCCAUAUCGAUCGUCCCAAUCGUCCCGGCUGGGAGGAAAUGGCCAGCGUGUGGAAAGCACACGCUGAGUGGGUGGACGAAAAUUCCCUGGACCUUGAUGACAGCCUGCAAACCAAGGGAGGCGUAACUCAUACUGAAAGCUUGGCACCCACCGGUCCAACAAUCGUCACAGAGAAAGUGGAAAAGCUGGUCGUGGGGUGGGGUGGUACCGUCUGGGUCAUUGAGGUAUACCCCGAUAGACCAAGCAAGAAUAACAGAGAUCACAAAAUUGGAUCGGUGGAGGUAACCAGAAUUCUUCGCACCGACUGUGUCAUCUCUGGUAUCUCCUUGUUCACACCGAAACUUCUGGUCGUCCUUGCGUACAUGGAAGCAGAACAGGAGUCACCCGAAGACGACCGCAGCAAGCAUGGUGGCCGUCAAACUGGAACGCGUCGUCGCCCUCGAGGCCUGGAGCCAGAGCUUCGAAUCAUUGAUCUCCAAACGGAGACUGAGCUCAGUGCCGAUAGUCUUUCGACCAGUCGCUUUGAGACGCUCACUUCUUCAGACUACCAUAUGUGCAUCCUGCCUCCAUGGAAAACGAGCGUACCUGCUUCGCAACGGGGAGCCUUGGAGACUAUAGGAAACGGUCUCUGGGAUGCUACAUUCUAUCCGGUGCGGCUUUUCAACUCGGGAGCUAGCAUCCGCAGUACUACCAGCAGUGGUGACAAAGGCUCCAGUAGGGCACCGAGCAUCUUUGCCUCACGACGAGUACCCGCGGAGGAGCCUCUUUCCAAAGAGAUCCAGGACAUGGCAGGGAGUAUCGGACCCAAGAUUCUGGUGCACAGCCCGUAUGAUUGUGUGGUUGCAUUGAAGAGAGAUCUUACGGAUCGGUUGGCCUGGUUGGAUGCACAUGAAAAAUACGAGGAAGCAUGGGCAUUGCUCCAGGAACAUCCCGAAGCAGCCGGGUCCGGGAGCGAAAUAAACGACACCAUACCCGGGACGCCUUCGAUAUCCCAAGGAAGCUUUGGGGAAUCGUUCAUCGACGAUGCAGCUUCUGUCAUCACCACAACUGCUCGAACGGCCGCAUCCGCUGCAGAGCAAGAGAAGCGUCGCAUCGGGGAACUGUGGAUCGAACAGCUGGUCGAGCAAGAUCAGUGGCCUGAAGCCGCGGAGGUUUGCACGAAAGCGCUCGACACUACACACAGAUGGGAGCAUUGGUCCUGGAAGUUCGUUGAGAAAGAUAAAUGGGACGAGAUCUCGUCUGUACUGCCCCUGAACAUGCGCCCACCGUUAUCUGCGAACCUCUAUGAGACCAUACUCAGUCAUUACGUGGAGCACAACCGGCCCAAGUUCAGCGAGCUGGUCGACGAGUGGCCGUUCGACCUCUUCGACGCGAACAACGUCGCGACAGCGGUGGAGGAGCAACUCAGCGAGUUGACCACGGAGACGGAUGAUUGGCGGAUCUUGUCCAAGUGUCUGGCCAAGUUGUACCUCGCGGGCGGCCACUACGGCGAGGCGCUCCAUUGCUACAUCCGCCUCCAAGACGCCGACACGGCGAUGGCUCUGAUCCGGGACCACCGUCUACUCGACACCUUGACGGACGACAUUCCCGCGUUCAUCCUCAUCCGAGUCUCCAAAGAGCAGCUGAAGUCGGCCCCCAUGUCCGAGCUCGAGGAGCUCACGGCAGAGCCGAUCAAGCUACUAGUGAGCGAAGCGUACACUGGCAUCGUCCGGCCGGAUCUCGUCGUCGAGCAACUCCAAGCCGCCAACCGGCUUCUCUACCUCUACCUCUACCUCCGAGCCCUCUGGCGCGGCGAAUCCCUGCCCCACGGCGUCGCCAGACCGCGGCGGGGCCAUUUCGCACACAUCCGCGACGCCGCCAGCAAGCUCGCGGCGGAUGAAGGCAAGGCGCUCGUGGACAACUUCGCGGACAUGGCCGUCGAGCUGUUCGCCGACUACGACCGGCCGUUGCUCAUGGAGUUCCUGCAGACCAGCACGGCGUACGCCUUCGACCUGGCGGUCAACAUCUGCGAGACGCGCCACUUCACGCCCGAGCUCAUCUACCUACUCUCGAAGACGGGCCAGACGAAACGCGCGCUGAACCUCAUCCUCGCCGACCUCGAGGACGUCUCGCAGGCCAUCCAGUUCGCCAAGGCCCAGAACGAGCCCGACCUCUGGGAGGACCUCCUCGACUACUCGAUGGACAAGCCGCGCUUCAUCCACGGCCUCCUCGUCGAGGCCGGCACCGCCAUCGACCCCAUCAAGCUCGUCCGCCGCAUCCCGAGCGGCCUCGAGAUCGAGGGGCUCCGCGACGGCCUCACCCGCAUGAUCCGCGAGCACGACCUCCAGGCCAGCAUCAGCCAGGGCGCCGCCAAGGUCCUCCAGAGCGAGGUCGCCGUCGGCAUGGACACCCUGCGCCGCGGCCAGCGCCGGGGCAUCAAAUUCAACAUCAUUGAGGAGGAAGGCUCCAAGCGGCCCGUCACCGCCGGCACGAUAGGAACCACCGUCUCUGCUGCUGUUGCCACCGCGGCCGCCACCAGCGACACCGUCACUGAAAAAUCCACCAACACCACCAUCCCAGCAACAGCAGCAGCAGCAGCAGCAGGACCCACACAGUCAUCAGCUUCUUCCAUAUCUUCCUCUACCGCCUCCCCAGCCGGUUGUUGCGCAGGGUGUAGUCGCCCCUUCCGCGCUAAUGAAAAAGAAAUCCUCGUCGGUUUCGCCUGCGGCCACGUCUUCCACCUUUCGCACAUCCACCAGACCGCCUCGCCGUCCACGAACAACAGUAGUCCGACCACCCCCUACAGCCGGUCGGCGGUGCACACGCCGCGGCCGUUCUCACCGUCGCGCACCAUCACCCUCGAGGACAUUUCGACGGCGACCUCGAGGACGGUCGGCCCCAAGGUGACGACCGCGCGGUUGCUGCGCGACCGGGUCGGUGAGGGCUGUCGCAUAUGUACGCUGGCCAAGGAGCUGGAUGCCAUCGGGGAUUCGGACCCGUAGGCGUAGAGGCAGGCAGGUAGGUAGGCUGUCUUAGUCUCGUGCAUGAGGGAUAAACCCCUCCUGAAUGAGGGGUCGGUGAGGUUUCUCGACUCGAGUAUGCCGUUUGGCUCGGAUUGGCUUCAGGUGGGGGCGAGUGGCUACUGAGACAACGAUCCUGACGUCAAGCAAGUGUCUGCAGCUUCACAGCUGCACACUGCUAACGCCAUACAGCUACUUGAACGGAGGGGUAGCCAUGAUCGAGGUGGUAUUGGUCGAGUACGUCAACUCAUCAGUAUGGUUUCUAAGAGACGACACGCCUAGGCCAUGUAUGUUUAUUAUUUAGGAGAUACCCAUGGUAGCAAGCAAUUACUGUGCGAGCAACGU